CUCAAACUCUUGAUUCGCAGGCAAGACACAGAGCAAUUGUUACGAAACCCGUACUCGUACCUCGUACGUACUACAGUAAGCAUCGCUCGACACAAAUCUCAAAAGUACUCGUACUUUCUGUCUCGCACCAUUGCAUCACAACGCCGUGUAGUAUCGCAUGAUUUCAUCUGGUAGUUUCCAUCGCCGCCGAUCCACCUCCUGGUUUCGUAACUACUACUUUUGUUGGGCGCUUCCACUUCUUCGUCUCUGCCUGACGCCUCGCCAUCACCAUAAUCUCGGACAGACGGUUCUACCCCGGGUUCGGACGUUUGCCACAGCCACGGCAUCCUUUCCGUUUUGCAUUGCAUUUUCUCCUUCCGCAACCAGUACACGAAAGACUUUCACAGCUCGAACGACAGCAACCCUCCGCAGCAGCAACUACUGGUCGGCAGUAGGCGUCCCUCGACGAAUCGUCGCCGGCGAACAAGGCGUUGCCCAAACCAGACUCUUCUCGACCGCUCCCGAUUGGCCUUCCUUUCGAGUCGUCGAACUGAAGGAAGAGCUGAGGAAGCGUGGUCUCAGGGUAUCGGGACGAAAAGCGGAACUUGUGGCAUUGCUCGAGCAAGACGAUCUCGAAAUGGCGCGCAAGAGUGCCCGCACCAGCAGUGGUCGCACGAAUGCGUCUGCUGGGGAUACCACCACCCGCCAGAGCCCGAGAAAGAAACAAAAAACGACGGCUGCUGCAACGAAAGCGUCUCCCAAACCAACUAGCAACUCGCCGAAGAAAAAGACUCCGACCAAGAAGGCGGCAGACCACCAGCGAAUCACGGACAUUGACGAUCUACCCAAGUUGUGGACCAACGAAAUGGCCGAGGCAAACGGGUCCUACAGUGAGUAGCCAAGCGCUCGAAUCAUAGUUUUGUGUGCUCUCUUCUGUUCUUUUUCAUCCUGACAACAACCCCCGCAAUCUACCUUUUUGCUGGCAUGGUUUCUGUGCACAGCCUUCAAAAUUGCAUCCUGGAACGUCGCCGGCCUUCGCGCCCUGGUUAAAAAGAGUCCGAACGCUCUCGCAGAGCUCUGCGAGAAACACGACCUAGACAUGCUGUGUCUACAGGAACACAAGCUCCAAGAAAUGCACCUCGAGGAUCCAAAGAUGAAACUCAAGGGGUUGCUGGAAGACACCGGCUACGACGAGCACUAUGCCUGCUCUACCGCCAAGAAAGGAUACUCCGGAACCUGUGUGUUCGUCCGGCGCCGGGGGACAGCCGGAACGGCGAACAAAAAACAGGGCAAGAUCGGAAGUUUUUUUGCCCCAAAAACGAAGGAAGCUGCCGGGAAAAAGUGCAAAUCCAAAGGUAAAGCUGCGCUACCGGUGAACCCCGAGCUCCUGGUUCCCACGGCCGUGAGUUUUUCGGUGGGAGAAGAGAUCGACAACGAGGGACGGGUGGUCCUCCUGGAUUUUCCGUGGGCAACGAUCGCGAACGUAUACGUUCCGAACUCGGGACAAAAGCUGGAACGACUCGAUUACCGAACAAACCAAUGGGACAAGUUUUUUCUCAAGUUCAUGCAGGACAAACAGGCGGAACGCGGUGUCCCUGUUAUGUGGCUCGGGGAUCUGAAUAUUGCCCACAAGGCCUAUGACAUCUGGAACAACGGAGCCAAGCACUUGGCGAAGCAAGCUGGUGUCACGGAGCAGGAACGCCUGUCGUUCGAUCAGCAACUGGAGGCCGGAUUCGUGGAUGUCUUUCGAAAACUCCAUCCAGAUGCCAAGGGCAAUUACUCGUACUGGAGCCAGAGAGCUGGAAAUCGGGAGCCUAACAAGGGCCUGCGCCUCGACUAUUUUGUGGCGUCGGAAGAAAUGUUUUUGGAAGACUCCAAAGUUAUUCCACGCGAUAGUUACAUGAUCAUGGACCAACUCGGCAGCGAUCAUGCUCCGGUCGUGCUGGAACUAGAAAUCAAAGGUUAGGGGGCUUUUGUCAUAGCUAAAAAACAAUCAGAAUAUCG